CAGUGUCUUUACAAAGCAGAAUGUGUCACCAGCUCAGUGCGAUCUGUUUAAUUCACAAAAUUGACUAAAUCAAGACAUGUUUUUUUUUGUUUUAAUACAUAAGGCGUGUCUCACUCUGGCUCUUGGUUCAGGGCGUAAUCGCUGCUGUCGACUAGUUUUAUGGCACUGAUUAGAGUAUUGAUUAAAAAAAACUGUGGCACUGAUGAAUCAAUGAGCAUGUAAUGUCACAACAUAAUCUCCAUUGAGUCAGGCAGGUCAUUAAAAUUAAAGAGAGCAAUGCAGUGCAAAUUGUAACAUGCUGUAUGUAGCUGUAAUUAUACUUUGCUUUUCAACACAGCUGCAGCUAAUUAAUCAAUAGCUAGGUAAUUGCUGAUUGAUUAAUUAUUGAUUAUGUUAGGUUCAGCUGUGUUUUCACUACUGUGAUACUUUUGUUUUAAAGUGAUGUCACCUCCAGUCAGUGAACAUAGCAAACAGGUCUCUUUCAUAUGUUAUGACAUUUCAUAGCAGGAAAAGCACAGUUGUAAUUAAUAUUAAAAAUGGCUUCAGUACUGUUACAGCUCACUCGGGCCCAGUGGAACAGAGCCAUAAUGAAUGUUAUUGAUUACACCUGUGCUUUCCUUGCUAUGGCGACAUAAAGUAUGUACUGUUAUAAAGGCCUGUAAUGCUCACUGCUUUUUAUUGACGGCUGCCUCCCUGAGCAAUUCACCACCUACUGAAUUAGACGUGUUGUGACUCAUCCACCGUGUAGCCAAAGAGGAACGUGAGAGUUGGCGAUCACUGAAUGAAGAAUUAAGCACAGUCCAGACACUCAAAACACAGAAAAGUGACAGCGAGGGUAGUGACACCUGCAUAUCUUCACAGCGACAACAACCACAGUAUAUGUGAACAGUGUCCUUUAAUGUAACAAGUCACUGUGUCUGUAACUGACUUAAUGAGACAAAGGAAAGUCGACAGUAGGAGGACGUAAAAGGAAGCUGAUCUGAUUCAAACACUUUUUUUUUUUUUGUCCUGCUUAAUAAACAGGAUGGAUGGGGCUUAUUACACCAGGAAAGUACCUGUGGUUUCCAGUAAGUUAUCAAUCAUGCAGAAGUAAGAAAGAGUUUCAUGGACAGCUCUGUGAUUUGUCUAAUUUACUCAAAGUUUAAAGGUCAAACUUCAUCGAUCUCAGCAGUGCAAAACACAAGUAUUAAACGUUUUUUAAAUGCUCUUUUAGCUUUCUCCUAGAGCUGAUUUCAAUACCGAUCCAUGCCAUGUCAGCUGUCUGUAACGUAGCCUACAUGAAGCUCUAGUGUUUGAGUUUCAUGUAGAAGCCCCUCAUCUAGAGACCUGUCAAGAUGAAACUCAAAUAGAAACACCAUGCAGAGAAAGUCUGUUUGUAAACGAGGGCUGUGUUCAUGAACUGAAAUUGUUAAGGCUUGCAUAAUAGCCAAACAGUUGCAGAAGAGUUGGGUUAUAUCAUAAUUUGUGUUGUUGUGGAGGAGGAUCAACAGUUUAACAAGUAUGUUUUAGCUUCCCUUUGGUUGAAAGUAACCAAACAUCUACACAAAAAGUUUAAGAAUAAAGUCAGGGAAGUGACACGGGUUAAUUAAAUAAUUAAAUCAACGAGUUUAAUUAGUCUCCUGCUAAACAUCUUAAAUGUCAAAACAAAUAUGAGCAACUGACGGUAAUUGCAGAUAUUUGAGGAUCCUCCUGUCUCCAUCACGCGCAGGUUUUAUAUCCUCUCAGACAGUUUUCAGCUGAUUGCCAACUUUCCAAAGAAACUACCCUUCACCCGUAUCGGAGUCCAAAAAGUCAAGAUAAUCAGCUUGCUCCACCAUUCAGCCAGUACAAUGAGAGCUCCAUAAAUAAUGACUGAUAAGGACUUGAUCAUAAAGAGGGGAAAGUAAAUCUUGAUUUGAGAUCAGCAAGGUCCUAGAGAAAAAAAUAUUUAAUUAUUCUUCUUCAACACUAUGUACCCUGGAGGACAGAUGGCAAGAGAUUUUCUACAGCUCUCUCUGUGUAAGAUAUUUCUUUUUAUAUCGAUCAUAAAACAGAGGCUUUUGAGCCUGCAACUUAGAAAACAGUGAUUUAGUAGUUAUUUGUCGCUAAUUAUUCCUUAUAUUUUAACAUUGUGUAUAUGCAUAAUUGCAUAAUAAUUGAAAGACUGCAUGAUUAUAUAAAUAUAACAUGUACAAUUAAAUAAAUCAGACCAUGCAGCAUAUUACUGUCAGUAAGUGUUUGUAACUUUGGAUAAAUUAAUCAGAAUCAGAAAUACUUUAUUGAUCCCCGAGGGGAAACUCUUUUACAAACGUUUGCUUAAGUUUGAAGAAAAAAGAAAACUAGAAGACGACGAGACGGAGCAAGGAAACAGGCAGCAUGCACAUUGGCGUAUGCGCACUAGUUAAUAUAAUUUAUAUAAUAUUAAGUCUUUGAAUCUUUUUCAUUGUCAUGUUACCACUGAAGGAAAACGUUACACCUACAUUCAUAUCCUUUAUGUAAUAUGGCAAGUGAAAAUGCUAAGCAGUAUCAGUGCAUAUAACAUUUAAUUGAGCACCUGUUUCUGUCUCAUUGUCAAAUAGCACUAAUUAUUACAUACAAAUAUGCAUUGCAGAAAAAGUAAAAUAUGUUUUGACUAACAGAUAAAGAAGUACGUACUCUUAAGUGCAGGGACUUCAAUGUCUGUCAUCCAUUAUUAAUUUAUUAAGGCUCACGGCAUUAACCUCCUUUGCUCUGGUGGAGCUAUUAUGUAAGAACAUGUUAUGUUAAAAUAAUUUAGCAACAUGAGUUUAAGUUUAAUUAUAUUUGUUGAAUGUGUUUAAUGCUCAAUCCACUUUGAUGUAGAUUCAAAAGGACAAUGGGCAUAACAAUAAAAACACCUGUAUAAUACAGUGCAAACAGAUACAAUAUCACGAAUAACAGAACAAUAAAAAAUGACCAUAGCAUUAAAUCAAUAUUUCUCUGACAGUCUCAACAGAAAUGUAACAUAAUCAAGGGUAAACGACAAAGGUAGUAUUUAUAAGUGUAAAAACUACCUUUGUGAAAAGGUAUCUUUAAAAUGUUUAAUUUUUGUUGUAAGAGAAAUAUUGAUUUAAUGUUAUGUUGUUUUGUUUUAAGUAUCUGCAAGGCUAUCACAUUUGAUGCAUUAAUCUGGUGUUCCUGCUAAUGCCGCACAACCCCUGAAUUUCCUUUGUCAGAUAAUUCAGGUAUAAAAAGCUGUCCCUCAUACGCUGUAAAGGCUGUUAUAUGGUGCUCUGCUUAAAAAAGGUGCAUUACCAACAACAUUUGUACACUGUAUGCUGAAAUUGCUUAAACAUGUUACGCAUUUAAUACCCUAUUUUGUUAAUGGAAUUAUACUGUGACCCUUGUGUUGUUUUACAUUACAUGUUGCUUUGUGCAUUGAAGGUACCUGAUGUCCAAAUUGCAAAAAACAUUUGUGAAGAUGUUGUCCAUUCUAUAAAAUGUGUUUUUGUACAUUUAAAACCAUAGUUAUACAGUAUGUAGGCUUUGUAGUCAAGCCCUUACUGUUACACUGACAUCCAAAAUGUAUCAGCGCACAUUCAAAUCUAGCCUGCGCCCUUUGGAUUUUUAGAUCUUCCAGGAUGUAAUUUCUUUCAGUAAUUGAAUUUUUUGCUAAUGUUGUACAAAAACAUUUAUGAAUAGGCAGAGUCCCUUGCAUAUGUGGAAACAGAGAGGUAGACAGUGUUCUGGCCCUCAUAAAAAAUGGGUGCCAGAACACUGUGUACCUCUUCAGGUAAUACGAAGAUGAUAAAACAGCGGAAAUUAUAUAAUAAAGAGAUAAAUAAGAAUAGAGAUUCAUUUAUUCACAGAAGACCAAGUUAAAACACUGUAAUUAGAAAAAGUUAGGUACUUUUCAGACGAAUGUAACUUGUUCAUUUCAGCGCUGCACAGCCACUAUUACAGUGCUUGUAAUUUAAAUUGACAAACAUUAGAUACAUAGAUACUAAUGCUGAUACAUCAUGAUGUUUCCUUUUGAUUUGAAUACACUGCAGAGUGUAGCAGUUUUUGGUGUGCCGGUUACAAAAUUCUAUGUGUUGUCGUGACUUAUCAGCAUAUGAAAGAACAAAGAACAUCACCAUAUCUGCCCCAUUUCUCCUUGUCUUUUUUACCAUCUUUGUUUAUCACAAACUGAAAUGCUUAUGCACCUUCGACCUUGAUUCCCCUGUGACUGCGGAGCCUUGGUUGUUUUAUCUCAGCUAUGACCUUGACAUGUGAUAACAACAUAAAUUGAGUUGAUAUUAGAUUGUAGGAUGUGAUCCAGGAAGUAAUUAGUCAUGUUGACUUGGCAUGGUGGCCUGCUACCAUCUUCAGGCUGUCACUGGGUUUGAUGUAAGACUUUUAUACAAAAACUGACCAAAAUAAAAACAUUUUGUUAGACAGAAAUGUAUUCGGGACAUUAGCAGAUAUAGUAUUCUCUCACCUUGUAGAUCAGAUAUCCUGCGCACAGCAGUGUCUCUAACAUGAUGGUCUAAAGGUCAUGUUCAGGCCUACUGUAGCGUUUGUGUGUUUGUGGCAUACACUGCCCUAACAACAAUAAAAAGAAUCCUGUAAUAAAAAGAAUAAAAAUAAUCUAAUUCAGGUCAACCAAUGUCUAUAAGUGUAUCUGUCUUCAACAGAAACACCAAAAGUUGCAGAGGGUGAGUAACAAUAAAUGUCUCAGGUGGGUGCAGUUAUUUCAGAUUCUCCUAUAGUUUCUCCCAGCUGCUUUGGAUCUCCCCACCAACCCUAUCAAAAUGUCUUCCAUGUUAAUUAUCAGACAGAGAAAUUGAUCAUCCAUAGCUGCGAUUGGCCAGCCACUGCAUCAGACCAGAUAAGAAAGGUGUGACAUCACAGGAGUGGUGACGCUGAACAUGUCAUGAUGUUUCUCCUUCCCCAACCCUAACACUGUUAGACAGACAGACAUACAGACAAAUGAUAAGAGAGAGAGAGGACAACAUAGACACUACAAAGCACCUCUCACUAUCUUACUUUGUCUAAUGUAUCUUCCAAUAGGGCAGCAGUGAUUAUAUAUACACUCCAUUUUACUGUACUUGAGGACCCUGACUCUUCUGUUGCUGAAAGACUCCCAGGAAUCAUGGUCCGUGUCGCAACCCUGAUCACUUUUCUGACUUGUAUGGUACUGUCAGAGGCCCAACAUGAGCCGGGCUACUGCGCUUUUUAUGAGGAGUGUGGUCGUAACCCGUUGAUAGGAUCCGCCCUCAUUCCUCCUAUUGUCCCUUGUCUGAACUACAGCCCUGCCCGUCACCUCACAGGAGAGCACUACAGGAAACUCAAAGAGGUGUGUCCUAUUUUGGACCGUGGAGAGCACAACACAUACGCCUGCUGCUCCAUCAAACAGCUGUCAUCCCUGGAAAUGAGUCUGACCCUGUCCAAGGCUGUGCUGGUCCGCUGCCCUUCCUGCGCAGAGAACUUUGCCCACCUGCACUGCAUCAACACCUGUAGCCCCAACCAGAGCCAGACAGUAAAAAUCACAAAGGUCAUGAACGUCACUAACCUGGGCAAGACGAGGGAAGCCGUGGUAGGUUACCAGGCAUUCCUCAGCACCAGCUUUGCAGACACCUCCUUCCAGUCUUGUAAAAACGUCAGGAUCCCCGCCACAGGGGGCUUCGCCAUUGCCACUAUGUGUGGUAAGUAUGGUGCCAAGCUGUGCAACCCCCAGCACUGGUAUAACUUCCAGGGAGACUCCAGUAAUGGCCUGGCUCCACUGGACAUCGACUUCAACCUGAUAAAAGAGGGAGACACUGAGGGACUACCAAAGGGUGUGAUUCCCUACAAUGGACGUGCUCUGCAGUGUAAUGAGACCACACCAUCUGGAGGUCAGGUCUGCUCCUGCCAGGACUGCCAAGAGUCAUGCCCGAGGAUGCCGCCUCCUCCACUUCCUCCCAGCCCCUUCAGACUGUUGGGGACAGACGGCUUCCUCGUGAUUUCUAUUAUCUUACUCUGUCUCCUGAUAUUUGCCUUCCUUCUCUACCUCUCUGUCGCUUGCUUGGUGAAGUCUCAGAAAAGACAGGAUGAAGAGAAAGGAAAGAGAAAGAGGAAAGGUAAAGACCAGAACAGUAAUGAUGUGACUCAGCAGGUCGUUGAUCCAUCAGAGGUGAUGUGCGCUGAAACCAACAGCAUGGCUGCUCAAGCUUUCCUAAGCUUAGAGUUUCAGCGCUGGGGAACCAUCAUGGCCACUUAUCCCCUCACGGUGCUCCUGUUGUCUGCUAUAGUCGUGGUUGUUUUUUCUGCUGGCCUCAAGUCCAUUGAGCUCACCACUGACCCAGUUGAGCUGUGGUCUGCUCCCAACAGCCGCGCCCGCCAGGAAAAAGACUUCCACGACACAUACUUUGACCCCUUCUUCAGGACGAAUCAGCUGAUCUUGACAGCGCCGGGCAGAAAAGGCCACAUAUAUAACUCUUUGCUGUUUGGACCGCAGAACUUUAGUGGGCUUGUAUCCAAAGAUCUCAUCAUUGAGCUGCUGGAGCUCCAGAAACGGAUACAGAACAUUGAGUUCUGGUCAGAGGAUCUGAACCGCACAGCAAGUCUGAAGGAUGUGUGUUUCGCACCGCUGAACCCAUCCAACCCCUCCCUGACGGACUGUGCGGUCAACAGCUUGCCACAGUACUUCCAGAACAGCCUGGACAACAUUAACGCUAAGGUGAACAUGACAGAGCUGGGAGUGACCAAAGAGGUGGACUGGAGAGAUCACUUAAUCUACUGCCUCAACUCUCCCCUGUCCUUCAAAGACAUCACUGAUUUAGGUAUGAGCUGCAUGGCUGAUUACGGAGCGCCAGUCUUCUCCUUUCUGGCUGUGGGAGGCUAUGAGAAUGAUGACUUCACCAACGCUGAGGCUUUCAUCCUGACCUUCUCCCUCAACAACUAUGCUCGUAACAACACCAAGUUCAAAGUGGCAAUGCAGUGGGAGACAGAGUUUCUUAAAAUUGUUCAGGACUACCAGAAAAACCCUGCCACCAACUUCACCUUUGCGUACAUGGCAGAGAGGUCUCUGGAGGAUGAGAUUAAUCGGACAACAGCAGAAGAUAUCCCCAUCUUCAUGAUCAGCUAUGCUGUAAUCUUUGUUUACAUUGCUGUGGCACUGGGGGAGUAUACUUCAUGGAAACGCAUACUGGUGGACUCCAAGUUUCUGGUGGGUCUGGGUGGGAUCCUGGUGGUCGGUUGUUCUGUCCUUGCCUCCAUGGGCUUCUAUUCCUGGAUCGGCAUCCCCUCUUCGCUGGUCAUUCUGCAGGUCGUGCCUUUCCUGGUGCUCGCUGUUGGAGCUGACAACAUCUUCAUUUUUGUUCUGGAGUACCAAAGAGAUGUACGGAGGCCUGGAGAGAAGAGAGAGGAGCAGAUUGGUCGUGUCCUUGGAAAUGUAGCUCCCAGCAUGCUCCUGUGCAGUCUCUCUGAGUCUGUCUGUUUCUUUCUAGGGGCCCUGUCCACCAUGCCAGCAGUGAAGUCCUUUGCUCUGUACGCUGCUCUGGCCGUGCUCAUGGACUUCAUCCUCCAGAUGACAGCCUUUGUGGCUCUGCUGUCCCUGGACACCCGGCGCCAAGACAACAACCGCUGUGAACUGCUCUGCUGUGUUACAGUGUCAACCCAGCGUCCCAAAAAGCCAAACGAGGGCUUACUGCUGCCCCUCAUGAGGAAAUACUACGCCCCUGUCCUACUGCACCGUUACACCAGGAUCAUAGUGAUGUUGGUUUUCAUCUUCAUGCUUUGUGGAUCCUUAUUCCUCAUGUUUAAUGUGACCGUGGGUCUGGAUCAGGAGCUGGCUAUGCCUCAGGGCUCUUAUAUGCUGGACUAUUUCCAGUACCUGUACAAAUACUUUGAAGUCGGAGUCCCUGUUUAUUUUGUAACAAAAAGGGGCUUCAACUUCACCACUGUGGAGGGCAUGAAUGCAGUCUGCUCCAGCGUGGGCUGUGAUCAGUUCUCACUAACCCAGAAAAUCCAGUAUGCCACCAAUUACCCUGAUCUAUCCUACUUGGCUAUUCCUGCUAACUCCUGGGUAGAUGAUUUCAUCGACUGGCUGAACCCUGGAUCCAGAUGUUGUCGUUUGUACACCCUCGGUCCAAAUGCUGGAAAGUUCUGCCCUGCAAGUGUAACAGUUCCUUUGCUCUGUGGCCGGAAGUGUAUGGCUACUCCUCCAAAUAGCGUCCUCAGGCCCAGUGUGGAACAGUUCAACCAAUUCCUACCUGACUUCCUGGGUAACAGGCCUGACCUGCAGUGCCCCAAAGGUGGUCUUGGAGCCUAUGACAAAGCUGUGGUGAGAGAUCAGAGUGGAGAAAUUAUAGCCUCUCGGUUCAUGGCUUACCACACACCUUUAACCAACUCUCAAGAGUUCACUGCUGCGCUGCUGAAGGCCAGAGAGUUGGCCCACAACAUCACCAUUGGCAUGAGGAACAUAUCAGGCACCUCACCUGACUUUGAAGUAUUUCCUUACACGGUGACUAAUGUAUUUUACGAGCAGUACCUGACUAUUGUGCCAGAGGGACUCUUCAACAUCUCCCUGUGUCUGCUGCCGACCUUUGUGGUGUGUUGUUUGCUGCUGGGUUUGGAUUUACGCUCCGGUCUUCUCAACCUAAUCACCAUAAUUAUGAUCAUCGUGGAUACUGUCGGUGUCAUGACACUAUGGGGCAUCGAUUACAACGCAGUGGCCCUCAUCAAUCUGGUCACGGCGGUGGGCAUUUCUGUGGAGUUUGUGUCUCAUAUGACAAGAUCCUUUGCACUCAGCACUAAGCCCACACAUGUAGAAAGAGCCAUGGAGGCUACAGCCAACAUGGGCAGUGCGGUGUUUGCUGGUGUUGCUAUGACCAACCUGCCAGGCAUCCUUGUGUUGGCUUUUGCAAAAGCGCAACUCAUCCAGAUCUUCUUCUUCCGAUUAAACCUGGUCAUUACACUUUUGGGGUUGGUUCACGGACUCAUAUUCCUCCCUGUGCUGCUCAGCUACUUUGGUCCUGGUGUGAAUAAAGCAGUGCUGCUGCAGCUCCAGCAGGCCAAAGCAAAGGCCAGCCAGGAGCUGAGGAUUGGAAACAAUAUGAUACAUGUCUAUAAUAACAUGAGCUAUGAAGAUAAUGAGAUAAAAUUGAACCCAGACUCAAACUCCACAAAUCCACCCACAAACGCCAGCAGACCUUCACAAAUGAUAGAAAACCAACAGGGGGAGAAAGAGGAGAGAAUUGAUCGUUUCUGAGCACCAACAACAAAUGAGUAAAUACCUCUGUAAUAAACUGAACAAGGAUGGACACAGAAAAGGAGAGAGAUAGGAAACAAGGAGUCAUGUAUUUGUCUCCGUAUGGAAAUCAUUAACUUAACUACGUACCUCAAUCAGAAAUGGACCAGUGGGUCUGAAGACAGCAACACACAGAUGUGCGAUAUUUCUGAGCAAUGCAAGAGUGGACGAUUGCAAUGAGAGUUUACCUUCCUGUCUCAACUUGUGAAAAAACUACAUGUCCGUCUUCACAAGCACUGCAAUUGGGCAAGAUUUGUUAUUCAAUUGCAGAAUUAUUUAACAGUACAGGAAGUCGACAAAUGUUCUUGAAUGAGUCAUUUUGUAUUUUUUUUUUUAUUGAAUGUAAUUAUUUUGUAUGUGUGAAUACUUCACAUUUGCACUGUUUAGAGUGAUUUAAAGGAACACACACUCCAGCAUUUCAUGUUAUAGUUUCUUCAAUAGCAGUACGGUGGCAUUGCUGUAAAAUGUGCAAUCAGUGAAAAAAUAUUAAAUGUGUUUAUACAUUUGACAUCAUAAUUUUUCAAGUUAUUUAUGGUACAAAAAAGAACUUCUGCACACUAGAUCUGCACACUAGAGUUUGCACCACCAAAACAAAAAAAGGUCCAAGACUGAAAGUUUGUGUAUGUAAUUAAAUAAAUUGUGCAGAUUUCAGUGUGCAGAAGUUUUUAUUUGUACCACCUGUUAUUGCACCUAGCAAAGCCUUUCAGCCAGGUGAGCUGUAGACCCUUUAAUGCUAUGAUUUUUAUUUAUAAAAUAUAUGCAAAUAUGGCAUUCUCACAUUGCAGAAACUGUUCCAUUCUCUCCAUUUUAUGUGCAUUUUCUGUGACAAAGGAUUGCUCUGGUCAUCAAGACGAAGAUGAAUAGAUGAAGCCAGGCUGGAGUUUUGUCUGGGAGCAUCCUGCUCUACAUAUUGCCACCAUUCACUGCCUCUAGAUCUCACACAGACUCUCAGUAUAUUUACUAAGUCUAGGUUGGAGUCUCAACAUAUUCAACAUGUGCAUUUUGUGUUGAACAUAGUGUUAAAAUGUUCAUAAAACAUGCCAAUUAUUCUUUUCUUGGUAGGGAGCAGCAAUGAUGGGAAAACUUUUUGUGAAAGUUUAAGUAGGAAACUCCAUCCCAGGACACUGUAGAUGCUACGAGCAAGACUGUGAUAAUUUGUUGUCCUUUUCUGCUGGUAAUUUGACAGUUUAACUUAAGCAAUAUGGAAAUUUAUGUGUCUACCUUUAGAAAUAGAGUUUAAUAAUGAUAUUCAACAUCCUACAUUUAUUGCAGAAAUAAUGCAGCUACUUGACAUGUCCAUCUUAGUAACUGUUAAACAUCCUGACCGAACAUACAUGUCAGAGCUUCUUCAAUGUCAUAAUUCUAUGGUUUGAGACAGGACAUUGCCCAGUGUAUGAGUAAAUUCAGAUAUAAGUUACAAAUAAAAAGAAAUAAAAUGAGUGUCAAACA